CAAACUACCUGUGCGUUUUAUAGAUUAUUGUCUCUGCAUGACUACUGAACGGAAUAGAUCAAUUGAAUGAUAUAGUUAUGAUCUGGUAUUCAAAUUAUUAAAGCAGUUGACUAUAGAAAACCUAUUAUACUUGUUAUAAUGAACAGUGUAGACCAUAUUUUUACGAAAUUGUAAACCAAAACGAUGGAUUGUAUAUAAAGCUAAACAAUUAUAUAGCUUGUAUAAACAUUAUCACCAUUUAUUUGUAAACCAAAAUCUCCAAAAAUGUCUGCAGAUAUGAAUAUCAACGACGAAUUUCACAAAGAUGGUAAAUUGGCAGAUGUGACAAUCGUUGUUGAGGACCAUAAAAAUACCAGUCUGUAAGGCAGUGCUCAGUAUCGCUUCACCUGUGUUUGUGCCAUGUUCGAAGGUGACUUCCAGGAAAAAACAGAGAAGGAAAUACAAUUACCCGGAAAGAGUUAUGAAAAUUUUUUUUGAGUUUCUGAGAUGCAUUUAUCCUGAUAAGAUGAAGAUGAUAACCGACAGAAACGUUUACACGCUUCUUCCUUUGGCUCAUGAAUAUAACGUUGAGGAGAUGAUAAAACGUUGCCGACAACUGAUAAUGCAAAUAGUAAAGAAUAAACACACAGGAAACAUUAGGGAAUUAUACAGGCACAUUCAUUUGUCUGAACUGUAUAACCUGGAAGAAGUAAAAGAAAAGUGCAUUUAUCUAGCCUCAGAGAAUACUCUCCACCGAAUCAAAGCUGCCAGAACGGCAUACCAAAUAUCAGAUGCCAGUCAUUACAAGAUUAUAGAGAUAGCUCUAAGGAGACGAGAGUUGGAUAAAUUUGAUGACGAAAUCUUUAAUGUUUGUAAUACUAAGGAGGAGACAAUAAAAAAGAAUUUCGAUAAAUUUUUCGGAAUAACUUGUGAAUUAAAAGGACACAUCAGUACGGAAGGAUACAGUGAAAGAGAUAUUUACAGAGCAUUGAGACUAAUGGAAAGGUUCAAAAUUACUGAGAAUCACAAAAGCAUCAAGUCAGAGCUAAUUCAACGGUUACAAUAUGUUUAUGAUAAUGGAAAAUAUAUAGAAGAAUUUCAUCUUCUCCCAGAAAAUAUUAAAGAAUCUGUACAAAAUAAAAAAAAAUAGGUGAAUGUUAGGCUUACAAUAAUUGAAUAUUUCCUUAUUGAGAUCAAAACCAGCUCUUAAAACUUGUAAGAAAUAAGAAGAUCAAAACUUGAGUCAGAUCGGUGGCUUUUGUAAUGUAAUACAAAGCAUUUAUCUUUCGGUAAAAUGAUUUGAUUAUUCGCUGUCAAAGAUUUCAAAAUUUUUUAACAUCAUAAAAAUUUAGUUUACCCGUUUUCAUUUUUUAACGAUUGUACUUACAAAAGCAGAGCACUGAAAGUAUUUUUGCGGCUCGAUCAAAAUUAAAACUUUAGUAAACAAGCAUGCACCGAGCCAAAACUUCAGCUGGUAACAAAUUAAACUAUUCUUUUUUUCUCAGUUUUAGAUUGAAACUAUGAAGAAAAAAUAACGGUAUUAGAGUAUCUUGAUUAAUUUCAACAAAUACAACGCUUCGUUGACCAAACUGUAUCUUGUUUGCAUGACCUCUUUGUUCUACCAUGACUGCUUGAGAACAAUAUCCCAUGACCUUAGAUACGGAGAAAACCUUUAUAGAAUAUUGUUCCAAACUUGGCAUUCAAUUAAAUUCAAAAGAUUAUGUUCGAUUGAUUAGUUGUGUCAGUUCUGUUCCGUGAAAGCCCAUGGUAGUUUAACCACUAAACAAGGCAAUAGUGUAUUAUGUUGUCUGAAUAUAUUAUAGACGCACCGAGACCUUUAACAUGCACACAAUCAUCGCUCAACAACGACAUUUGUAACGUUUCUAUGGGAAAUUAAACUGAAAUAAACUGCGAUUUUAACAUAAUUAAACAUACAAUAAUGCAAAGGGCCACUAUUGAAACGGCUCGGCAAUACUUACGCAUUGACAUACCCGCCAUAUUUUACUUUUUUUCUAAGAGAAUAUUCACGAAUGUAUUUAUGCUUG